AUGGACUUUGCGGCGCUGAUGAACAAGGAGCUGUCCAAGUCCAAGAAGCCUACGGCCGCCACCGCCGCCACCGCCGACGGGGAGAAGAAAUAUUUGAAGCGGUCCGAGGUCGAGGCCCAGCGCACAGCAGCCUACCUGGCCGAGCAAAAAGCCCUCGAGGCCGAACGCGAGGCCAAGGCCGCGGCCAAGCGCAAGCGCGAGGACGAGGUGGCCGCCGACAACGCCGCGCGCGAGGACAAGCGCCGCCGGCUGGCCGAGGAGGCGCGGCGGCGGCGGCAGGAGCAAGAGCGGGAGCAGGAGCGGGCGCGGAGGAAACGCCUGGGGCUGCCGGACCUAGACGAGGACAAGGGCGACGGUGACGAGGACGGCGCGGCGGCGGGAGGCGUCGAGGACCUGCCCGAGCCGGAGCUCGUUGCCCAGCUGCGGGCGCUGGGGCAGCCGGCGAAGCUGUUUGGCGAGUCGCACGCGGCGCGACUGCGGCGGUACCGCAAGCUCAAGACGCUGGUGACAGAUGGCCCGAUACCCACGACGCUCGAGCUCGUCGAGGAAAAAGACAUGAGGGUGGACGGGACGAUGCCCCGCGACGGCGAGGGCCGCAAGUGGCUGUUUAGGCAGCUGGCUAGCUACUUUACCAUGGUCCUGACCGAGUACGAGCGGGCCAUGGAGAACGAAAGGAGGGACACGACGGCAGGCAAGACGGCGUACAGCGCCAUGGUGCAGACAAGAGAGAACAUGAAACCGCUCUUCCGUAAGUUCGAGGCUGGCGACCUCGACGACUCACUUAUCGAGCCCAUCAUCGAGAUCGUGAAGGCCCUGCAGGAGCGGCGCUACGUCGACGCAAACGACGGCUACCUGCGCCUGAGCAUCGGCAAGGCCGCCUGGCCCAUUGGCGUCACCAUGGUCGGCAUCCACGAGCGCAGCGCCCGCGAGAAGCUCCAUGGCGGCGAAAAGGGCCACGUCAUGGGCGACGAGGUGACGCGCAAGUUCCUCCAGAGCAUCAAGCGCUGUCUCACCUUUGCCCAGGUCAGGUGGCCACCAGAGAACCUGAGGCAGCUGAUGGGAUGA